GUAAACUGUACUGAACAAAGGAAAUUCCUUCUUCACUUUCUAUUUUCUAUCGACACCCCUUCCUUCUUUCUUACCGAAAAGAGGAGAAUCCCCCUUAGGAUAGGAAGGAACACUCUAGAACUUUCGUCUAUAUAUAUAUAUAUAUAUAUAUAUCUACUGUGCUCACAGAAAGCAAACCUACUCUGAAACUCAGUUACAAUCGCCAGCAUUGAAACCCUAACAUUGAAGGUCAGAUAGCAAUGACGGAUCCUAACUCAUCCGCUCCAGACAAUGUUCAGUCUUCUUCAUCUACAACUUCGAAAAGUAAUAAGAGAGAUUAUUCCACUGCUAUUUUGGAACGCAAGAAGUCCCCCAACCGUCUUAUUGUUGACGAAGCCAUAAAUGAUGAUAAUUCUGUGGUUUCCAUGCACCCUACUCAAAUGGAAGCUCUUCAGCUCUUUCGAGGAGACACAGUUUUGAUCAAGGGGAAGAAACGAAAAGAUACAGUAUGCAUUGCUAUUACCGAUGAAGAAUGUGAAGAACCCAAAAUUAGAAUGAACAAAGUUGUUAGAGCUAACCUCAGGGUACGCCUUGGAGAUGUUGUGUCUGUCCACCAAUGUCCUGAUGUGAAGUACGGAAAGCAGGUUCACAUUCUUCCUAUUGAUGACUCCGUUGAAGGUCUUACAGGCAACUUGUUUGACGUAUACCUGAAGCCAUAUUUCUUAGAAUCUUACCGACCUGUGAGGAAGGGUGACCUUUUCAUAGUUAGAGGUGGAAUGCGCAGUGUGGAAUUCAAAGUAGUUGAGACAGAUCCCGGUGAAUAUUGUGUUGUUGCACCGGAUACAGAGAUCUUUUGCGGAGGAGAACCCAUCAAGCGCGAGGAUGAGGAGAGAUUGAAUGAAAUUGGCUAUGAUGAUGUAGGCGGUGUAAGGAAGCAAAUGGCUCAGAUCCGUGAGCUAGUAGAACUUCCUCUAAGGCACCCACAGCUCUUCAAGUCAAUUGGUGUGAAGCCCCCAAAAGGUAUCUUGCUUUAUGGGCCACCUGGGUCUGGAAAAACUCUGAUUGCUAGAGCUGUAGCUAAUGAGACUGGUGCAUUUUUCUUCUUAAUAAAUGGGCCUGAAAUAAUGUCAAAGUUGGCUGGUGAGAGUGAAAGCAACUUGAGGAAGGCAUUUGUGGAAGCUGAGAAGAAUGCCCCAUCUAUUAUCUUUAUUGAUGAGAUAGAUUCCAUUGCUCCAAAGCGGGAAAAGACACACGGUGAAGUGGAGAGGCGUAUAGUAUCCCAACUCCUGACCUUGAUGGAUGGCCUCAAGGCACGAGCUCAUGUGAUUGUCAUGGGGGCUACGAACAGGCCCAACAGUAUUGACCCUGCUCUGAGGAGAUUUGGUAGAUUUGAUCGAGAGAUUGACAUUGGUGUACCAGAUGAAGUGGGGAGAUUGGAAGUUCUUCGGAUCCAUACAAAAAAUAUGAAACUUGCUGAAGAUGUUGAUCUUGAAAGAGUUUCGAAAGAUACGCAUGGUUAUGUUGGUGCAGAUCUUGCUGCUCUAUGCACAGAAGGUGCUCUUCAAUGUAUAAGGGAGAAAAUGGAUGUGAUUGAUUUAGAGGAUGAGACAAUUGAUGUUGAAAUAUUGAAUUCCAUGGCUGUGACUAAUGAGCACUUCCAAACUGCAUUGGGGGCUUCGAAUCCAUCAGCCUUGCGUGAAACAGUUGUGGAGGUUCCUAAUGUCAGCUGGGAGGAUAUUGGUGGAUUGGACAAUGUUAAGAGAGAGCUUCAAGAGACUGUCCAAUAUCCAGUCGAGCAUCCAGAGAAGUUUGAAAAAUUUGGCAUGUCACCUUCUAAAGGAGUUCUCUUUUAUGGACCUCCUGGCUGUGGCAAGACUCUACUUGCCAAAGCAAUUGCUAACGAAUGUCAAGCCAACUUCAUAAGUGUCAAAGGACCUGAGUUACUGACAAUGUGGUUCGGAGAAAGUGAGGCCAACGUUCGAGAGAUAUUUGACAAGGCACGUCAGUCGGCUCCGUGUGUACUUUUCUUUGAUGAGCUUGAUUCCAUUGCCACUCAGCGUGGCAACUCGAGAGGAGAUGGAGGGGGUGCUGCUGAUAGAGUUUUAAACCAACUAUUGACAGAAAUGGAUGGGAUGAAUGCGAAGAAAACAGUUUUCAUCAUAGGGGCAACAAAUAGGCCAGAUAUUAUUGAUUCGGCAUUGCUCAGGCCUGGACGUCUUGAUCAGUUGAUUUACAUCCCACUACCGGAUGAAGCUUCCCGUCUUCAGAUCUUCAAAGCAUGUUUGCGCAAAUCUCCAAUCUCCAAGCAUGUUGACCUGUCAGCUCUUGCACGGUACACACAUGGAUUUAGUGGUGCAGAUAUAACUGAAAUUUCUCAGCGUGCCUGCAAAUAUGCCAUCAGAGAAGAUAUUGAGAAGGAUAUUGGAAGGAAGAGAAAAAGGAUGGAGAACCCUGAAAUGAUGGAAGAAGAUGAUGUUGAUGAUGUCCCCGAGAUUAAGGCAGGUCACUUUGAGGAGUCGAUGAAAUAUGCCCGACGAAGUGUCAGUGAUGCGGACAUUAGCAAGUAUCAACGUUUUGCUCAAACUUUACAGCAAUCUCGUGGAAUUGGAUCUGAGUUUCGGUUCUCAGAUCAUGCUGCAAGGACAGUUGGAACUGCAGACCCCUUUGCUUCUGCCACUGGUGCUGGCGAUGAUGAAGACCUGUACAACUGAACUGAAGUCAAUGCAAUCUACAGAUUUAGCAGUUGAUGUGUAGCAUCAACUUCUUUGACAGUAGGGAGGGAGGAUAUCAUAAGUUUAUAAUACUAGUUAGGUAUUGUCCUUCAUACUUGUUCAGUCAUAUGAGGAGUCGUGCAGGCAUGAUACAAUUUGGGGGAGAGAGAGUUAACACAAAGGUCAAUUGGGGGAUUUAACACUUCAACACAAAUGGGUAGUGGUCAUUUUAUUUUUUAGAUUUUUUCAGUCAAAUUAUAUUCCAUUUUUCUCUAACAGGUUAGUUAUUCAAUGCCCCCAACUUUUAAAAUUUGACACUUAAUAUUCUCAUAUAUGCAAUUUUGGGGAAUA